AUGGAGCACCUACAUAAUGGAAACUCCUCAUCGUCUCACAGCUCAGUCAACACAGAGCUCAUGUCUCGGACUGGCUACACAGUAAUGGCCAUUAUCAUGGGUGUGUUCUCUGUGGCGGGGAUCGCCCUCAAUGUCCUGGUGAUCGUGGUGACAAUAAGACACAGAAAGCUGAGGCAGCCACUCAGCUAUGCCCUGGUGAACUUGGCCAUAUGUGACCUGGGCUGUGCUGUAUUUGGAGGUCUGACCACCACAGUAACGAAUGCCAUGGGAUAUUUUAGCCUGGGACGUGUGGGCUGUGUGUUAGAGGGCUUUGCUGUUUCCUUUUUUGGUAUAGCGGGUCUGUGCACAAUAGGAAUAAUUUCUGUUGAACGCUACAUAGUGGUGUGCUAUCCCAUGGGUGCUGUCCUGUUCCAGACCAGACACGCUGUUGCUGGAGUGCUGCUGUCCUGGCUGUGGUCGUUUGUGUGGAACACUCCACCUCUGUUUGGUUGGGGAAGUUUUGAGCUGGAGGGCAUUAAGACCUCCUGCGCUCCUAACUGGUACAGCCGGGAUGUCGGGAACAUGUCCUACAUCAUCAUAUACUUUUCACUUUGCUUUGCCGUGCCCUUCUCCAUUAUCAUUGUGUGUUACUCACAACUCUUGUGGACCCUCCACAAGGUGACCAAACUGCAGAUUUCUGAUGCUGGCAGCACAAAUCGUCUGGAGGGGCAGGUGGCACGUAUGAUAGUGGUGAUGGUGUUGGCUUUCCUAGUGACCUGGCUGCCAUAUGCUGCCAUGGCACUUGCUGUCAUAAUGGACUCAAGUUUAUAUAUUGACCCCAUCAUCGCUACCAUACCUGUCUACUUUGCUAAAAGCAGCACUGUCUACAACCCCAUCAUAUAUAUUUUCAUGAACAGACAGUUUCGAGGAUACACUAUUUCCACUGUCCUGUGUGGAUGGAACCCGUGGGCCUCAGAUUCAGAAAUUACUGAAGGCGAAAACACGAUGGCUUCUUUCAUCAAGAGCCAAAGAGUCUCAACUAAAGAAUCUUUGAAAGAAUAA